GUGAGAAUCUGUGAAAGUUACAUUCUAAUGACAAACAGUGUAUCAGUAAAAAGCAAAAGCUGACCACCAAUAAAAUGGCUGCGUUCUGUACGUGGGGAGAUAAAGAAAUCAUCACCUUCCGUUCUAUUGGAUUUCAGUUAGAGGCUGAAGCCAAACGCUGCUACAUCAUUGCCUGGGGACACAGGUACCUCCCCCUGGGGCGGGGCUUAGUCAUGUCAGCUCUUCCCCAUCGCAACAGAGUCUGGAUAGAAUAGCAACCGAAAUGUGAGUGUCCUGCUGCCCCUGUAACUCCCUCCCCUGCACUCACAUCUCCAGCCUGGGCUACUGGACAGGACCUGAUGGAUCUCACUUCUGAUACACAGUCAGUGUGGGCCCCUCCUAUCUGCGCACAGGCCCCGCCCAUUCCCAACAUGGAGUCACACUUGUCCUGUUCUCCGGACCCCGAGAGAUCAGAAGAGGAAUCAGCGGGGGAAGAGACCAAAGAGACCACAAUAAAGGCUGAGAAGGAUCCGCUCUCUAAUGCUGAUGAUAUUCCUGGGGGGGAGCCGGAGAUACUGAGGAUAAAUAUCAAAGAAGAAGAACCUGAUCCUGAAGAUGUGGAUUAUAUGGGAAGCACCGCCGCUACGUGUAGUGAUCAUGAUUCCACUGGGGAACCUGAUCUAAUACAGAUAAAGGCAGAAGAAGAUCUGGAGCUUGAUGGUUAUUGUACUAGUGCAGAGGUGACAUACAAUGACAGAGAACCCUGCUUGACCAUUGAGGGGAAGCCCAUCUCUGAGCUGCCGGAUUGGCUGAGGCCCCAGAGCCCAGUGCUGCCAGAAGCCGAUACAUGCCCCUAUACCCUGCCUCAAGUCACGGAUCCAUUUAGAAGAUUUCAAGACAAUAUUUCUGCAAAACAGUGUAAGCACGGAGAAGGCCUGAGUGGCCCUCGGAUCUCUGGGGUCUGUGCCUACACCAGGAAGAAGAGCCUUACUACUAACGAGAGCACAAGGGGCUGUUUCCAACCAACUCUUCUCAUUUCACACAAACGACUGUGCGCACAAAAGAAACUAUUUAAUUGCACGGAGUGCGGGAAGGGUUUCCCUCAGAGAAGCCUCCUCCUGACCCACCAGCGGGUACACACGGGGGAGAAACCCUUCACAUGUAAAGACUGCGGCAAAUGCUUCUCUCAGAAGAACCACCUUCUGUCCCACGCGAGGGUACACACCGGGGAGAAACCCUUCACCUGCACAGAAUGCGGGAAGCCCUUUUCCCAGAAGAGCCACCUCCUGUCCCACAAAAAGGUUCACACGGGGGAAAAGUCGUUUGUCUGUGCAGAAUGUGGGAAAAACUUUGCUCAGAAGAGCCACCUCCUCAGACACGAACGGGUACACACGGGGGAGAAACCAUUCACCUGCCCAGAUUGCGGCAAACGCUUCUGCCAGAAGAUGAGUCUCCUGUCCCACCACAAAUCCCACACGGGGGACAAACCUUUCACGUGCAUGGAAUGCGGGGAGCGCUUCUCUCUGAACAGCACCCUAAACAAACACCGGAAGCUGCACGUAGGGGUGAAGAGCUAUACCUGCUCAGAAUGUGGGAAAAGUUUCUUCCAAAAGUUCAACCUCUUGAGCCACGAGAGGAUUCACACGGGGGAGAAACCGUUCACCUGCACAAAAUGCGGCAAAAGCUUCUCCCGCAAGUUUAAUCUGUUCUCCCACGAGAGGGUCCACACAGGGGAGAAACCGUUCCCGUGCACCGAAUGCGGGGAGAGCUUCUCUUGGAAGAACCAGCUGUUAAUCCACCAGAAGAUUCAUACAGGGGAGGAACCAUAUACAUGCAGUGAAUGUGGGGAAAGUUUCUUGAUGAAACGCUCAUUUCUCAAACACCAAAAAAUUCACGUACACCAGUAGCAAGUCUUUCUCAAAAUCGCUGUACAACUACACUCGCUCUUAAUUAAAGGGUAACUAAAGACUCUGCAUAAGUACAAUCCUGAUGGUGGUAAUGCAUAGGGAUUCAAGGAAAUGUCCCUAUCCCAGUACAUGAAAAAAUAUGCACCUUUGCGCUAAAGUUUUAUCUUAAAUCUUGAUUGACCAAAUGAACUUAGACACAUAUUGUAAUCAUUCGGGGGCUAUAGACAAACCUAUGUGGGAAUUAUUAAAAAAAAAAAAUUUGAAAUUCUGAUCCCUGGGAAAAACCAUUUGCACAAAAUGGAGGGGCUAUUU